AAAGGUUGGGGCGCUUCUUUACCAAAAAAAAAAAAAGAACUCAAAACCCCGACAGAGAGGAUGCGAGAUGUUGAUGAUAUCCAUGAGCACCUUAAGAAUCUGGUGGAGGCCUCCACGAUGAGGUGGACCUACGCUAUUUUCUGGCGAUGCUCGUCUCACCCGUCGGUGUUGGACUUCCACGUCGGCUACUACAAAGGCACGGCAAAGUGCAAAGCGUUUCGCAUUUUCGGAUCGUCCGUGACCGUCACGGAAGAGGUCACCGACGCAGAGUGGUUCUUCAAAAUCUCCAUGGCUCAGUCCUUCGCGAACACCGAAGACUUACCUGGAUACGCGUUCUUCUGUUCGAAUCCGGUGUGGGUGACCGCAGCAGAUUCAGAUGGUUCGAAGUGGGAAAGGACCAAGUGGGGCCACGAAUUUGGAAUUCAAACUUUGCUUUUCAUACCGUUUUCGAAGAAGGGAGUGUUGGAGAUUGGAUCCUCCGAAAUCGUACCUUACGAUCUUGAAGUGAUUCAAAAGAUUGCAGUUCUCGUUCAUCCCAUUGGCCUUCCUCACUUCCCCGUCAAGCACUGGGCUCUGCUCAGACAAUCUCGGAACGAUGAAAGCUUGCAUGAAAGAGCAGAUAAGGAGUUGCGGAAUCAUGGGAUUGAUAGCUUUUAUAAGCAAUUAAGAGGCAAAGAGAAGAUAAGUGAUACAAAAUUCUCCUGGCCCUUGUUAACAGAAAGCUCUGACAGAGGCACUGAUAGAACAUUUUCGUAUUCACACGAGUAUUCUGGCCCCUCAUGAAUUUAUCAUGUAUAGUUUCUGUUAAUCAAAAUAAUUUUGGUUUUAGACUUGUAUGCUCAUGAUCUGAACCUAAAUUAUCAAUGAGAGGAAGAUAACACUAGCUUAUUAUUGGGAAUGUAAAGUAUUUAAAAACAAUGUUUUAUCAGUAGAAAAGAAAAUUUUGUUGACAUUUUCUCCUGUAGAUACUGGUGGAGUUAGAGGAGAAAAAUUUAAUCUAUUUAGGAAAGCCAUGCUUAUGAAAUAGAAGGUUUCUUCCCUUGACUUCUUACAAUAAAUUCAGUAGCCCAGCAGCUGAAGGCUGGGCUGGUUCACACAUUGAUUUGACCUGGAUCUGCAGUGUUGUCAAUGCUUUGGAAGUUAUAAAGUUCUAGCUACUCCAUCUGGCCUACACUUAUGCAAUGUAACAGAUAGGAUAUGAUGCUGGGCCAUCUAUGCUGAAACUGGAGAUAGGUAAGUGAUCAAUUGGUGGAAGGUCUAACCGAGCAACAAGACAUGGGUUCCAGAGAGCAAUUGGAAAGGGUCAAAAUGUCACAUUUGGCAGUUGGAGUGAAAGAGACACGGUUUUCUAUAUAGCAGAGCUUGUAAUGGCAAUGCAUGCAUACAUCGUGGAUGAAGAGGAGCUUAUGCCAGGAUGUUAAGGUUUACAAGAAAAGUGGAUCAGGUCCUAAAAAGGAACAUGCGGUGCAUCAUUUAAAGAAGAUUGUGCAGAUGACGACCUUGUAGAUUUUAAUAUUAACUCACAGACUUGGAAGCUUCAAAAUACUGUCACUGGACUGUUUAAUUGCUACAUUCCUUUUAAUUUGUCUUUGGCAUAUAUCAGUUUUUUAAUUAAUCUACUUUUCUUGUUAUGUGGUGCUUUAUAUUUAGUCGCUCACACAAGCUAUGAAAUGGUAAUAUCAUCGUUUAUUUUUUGUGAUG